AUCAGACUUGGUUGAAUGGCAACUCAACAGCCACCAGCAGAAGGCUAAUAACCCGCUGAAGACUGCCUGAUCGAUGGCAAGAUGCAUGAUACCAUCUCAAGACCCACAGGGAUUACGCGCAUGAAAAGAAAUAAUUAUCGUCAGUUGUCUAGAAUUGUUUGCGUUGAGCGACGUUGCUGGAAUCCAAAUAAGGGGCUGAACUAGGACCCAGUGCUGCGGAAUCGUUGGGUGAUGUGUGCUGCAUGAAUCGUGUAUAUAAAUACUGGAUUGAGUCUUCAGAGAUUUUGAGUGCAGUCGCUGAUGGACAGCUGUUAUGUGGCCGUAACUCAUGAAUACUAGUCAGACUUUGUAAUAUUUCGCAGUUUUAAUAUGAAGAUAAUCAGUAUUUUAAUGCUCGGGCUUUAAGGUGCGUGGAAUCUACGCUGUGAUGUGAUGAUUUUCAACCAUGCUCCAGAAGAUUGCAAUGAGAUGGACAGGUGUAUGACAUCUAGCCCUUGAGGUGACGCUCUAUGUAGCCUAGUUGUCAACAAUAUGGGAUUGUCCGCAACAUCAUUACACGUUUUCAUUCAUUUUACUAAUAAGCAAAAUAAUGCUUUUUCGAAGGUGUACCUGAUUCGUAUAGAACAUGAAAAACGAUUACAGUUGUAUAGACCUAAUGAUUUCAUUCUGUUUUCUAUAGUUAACCACAUUUCUGCAUAUAUAGCUUCAUUCUCAAUUAUAAUUAAUGAGAUACAUGAAGUCCUCAUGGAAAUCGGAGAUCUACUAGAUACUUUAUUGUUACAACAUGUCCCAGAUUACCUUUCUGAUUUGAUUUAAAAUUGCAUUUUAUCAGCUGCCGUAAAAGUUAACCACAGUCAUGAAUAGACUUAUAGAUCAAGAUUUUAAAAGUAGCCUUAAUAUACAUCUGCCCUACCAUAUAUGAGUUUUAACUGGUCAGAUUUAAUGGACUUCAGCGUCCCUUGGAAUUCAGUCCUCGCGGAUUUCCCAAGAGUUUCAAAGACCUUCCAUUUUAAACAUUGUUACAAUGUAGCAACAUUUUAAAGACAACUGUUAGUCUCCCCAAAAAUCUAUAGGCAGGCACGUGGUCCUGUGUAUUUUUUUAUUUGUAUUUUAUGUCACAGAAGUCAUGUCCAACAGAGUGAGCCCGCCCGGAGUCGGUGCGCCAGGGCUGAGGGGAGGGACUGAGCUCAAAUCUGCUUGGGGCGAGUCUGAGUAUAUUGCCAACGGAUGCCCAUACUCGGCUAGAUCUCCGAGCAAAAAGCUCGCCCGGACGAACAGCAGAUGGAGGGAAGGAGAUGAUGAUCCUGACCGACAGCCCGGAUCGGGACGAGCCACGACAACGGUUAGCAGGGUCAGUUUUAGGUCUAGAUCUGCGUGGCAAGAGCAUGGGACCUGGGAGGAGAGCCGAAACAACAACAGAUUGUCCCCAAAGCACGCAGAUGGAGCCGGGGAAGUGAGACCUAAGUCGGUGGAGUUGGAUGACCGGAGAGGGAAAGGUUCCAAACCUGAGGAGGAACUAAUGCCUGAAGUUCACUUUUCCAUGGUCGCGUGCUGCAGCAGCGUGAUGCAGAUUUUCAGAUCCAAAAAAUUCCAGUCGGAAAAAUUGGAAAAGCUGUACCAGCGUUACUUUUUCCGGCUCAACCAGAGCAGUUUAACCAUGCUCAUGGCGGUGUUGAUUCUCGUUUGCUCGGUCAUGCUGGCAUUUGAAUGCGCAGGGGGAGGAUGCCGAAUAACUUACGUGGUGGUCUUUUCUUUGGCCAUUUUACUUAUCCUGAUAUUGAUUGUGUUGUGCAAUCGGAACGGGUUCCAUCAGGACCACAUGUGGAUAGUCUGCUAUGUGGUUAUUCUGGUCGUGUUGGUGGUACAAGUGAUAGGGGUACUGCUUGUGAAGCCGCAAAGUGCCUCUGAGGGAAUUUGGUGGACGGUGUUCUUUAUCCAUGUCAUCUAUACGCUGCUGCCUGUUCGAAUGCGGGCUGCAGUUAUCACUGGAGUUAUACUGUCUACCAUCCAUGUGGCGGUGUCUUGGAAGUCAAACGAAAAGGAUGCAUUUAUAUGGAAGCAGAUUGUGUCCAACGUCCUGAUCUUUUCCUGCACUAAUGUUGUGGGGGUGUGUACCCACUACCCCGCGGAGGGCUCCCAGAGACAAGCCUUUCGGGAGACCAGGGAGUGCAUCCAGGCUCGCCUCCACUCACAGAGGGAGAACCAGCAGCAGGAGCGCCUUCUGCUCUCCGUGCUUCCCCGUCAUGUUGCCAUGGAGAUGAAAGCUGACAUUAAUGCCAAGCAGGAAGACAUGAUGUUUCACAAAAUCUACAUUCAGAAGCACGACAAUGUCAGCAUCCUGUUUGCAGACAUCGAGGGGUUUACCAGUUUGGCGUCCCAGUGUACGGCUCAGGAGCUCGUGAUGACACUCAACGAGUUGUUCGCUCGUUUCGACAAGCUGGCUGCGGAGAACCACUGCCUGCGUAUUAAGAUCCUGGGUGACUGCUACUACUGUGUGUCUGGGCUGCCGGAGGCCCGCGCCGACCAUGCGUCCUGCUGUGUGGAGAUGGGGGUGGACAUGAUCGAAGCCAUCUCCCUGGUGAGAGAGGUCACAGGGGUCAACGUGAACAUGCGUGUGGGCAUUCACAGUGGCAGGGUCCACUGUGGGGUGCUGGGACUCAGGAAGUGGCAGUUUGACGUGUGGUCCAAUGAUGUCACGCUAGCCAAUCACAUGGAGGCUGGAGGCGCGGCCGGGCGAAUUCAUAUCACCAAGGCGACUCUGAACUAUCUGAAUGGAGACUAUGACGUGGAGCCAGGAUCAGGAGGAGAAAGAAAUGCAUAUCUGAAGAAGAACAACAUAGAAACAUAUCUCAUUGUGGGAUGCAGCCAGAAGAGGAAAGAAGAGAAGGCGAUGAUAGCCAAAAUGAGCCGCCAGCGAGCCAACUCUGUCACCCACAACACGGGUCACUGGACGGACAGGCCGUUCUACAACCAUAUGGGAGGGAAUCAGAUCUCCAAGGAGAUGAAGAGAAUGGGAUUUGAAGACCCAAAGGACAAAAACACGCAGGAAAACCUGAACCCAGAGGACGAGGUGGAUGAGUUUCUAGGGAGGGCCAUUGAUGCCAGAAGUAUUGACCGGCUACGCUCAGAACAUGUCAAGAAGUUCCUGCUUACCUUCAGAGAGCCAGACCUGGAGAAGAAGUACUCCAAACAAGUGGACUCCAGAUUUGGAGCGUAUGUGGCCUGCGUCUCUCUCGUCUUCCUCUUCAUAUGUUUCAUCCAGGCCAUCAUUGUACCUCACUCCACUCUGAUGAUUGGCUUCUAUAUCACCUGUCUGAUCAUCCUGACGGCUGUCAUGUUCGUCUCAGCAGUCUACUCCUGUUUUGGGCUUUUCCCAGUUCCUCUACAGAACCUGUCCAAGAGGAUCGUCCGGUCCAGGCUCAACAGCACCCUGGUGGGAGUCUUCACCAUCAUCCUGGUCUUUCUCUCUGCCUUUAUCAACAUUUUCACCUGCGGUACUGGAGACCUGAGGGCGUGUCUGGGCCAGGAACUGAACAUCAGCGUCAGCAGUGUGAACGCCUGCCAUGCACACAGCCUCAAUUACACCCUCCAAUCACUAAAUAGCUUCUGUGGCGGACCCUUGCCUAGAUGCAACUUCCCCGAGUAUUUCUCCUCCUGCGUGCUGCUGAGCCUGCUGGCCUGCUCAGUCUUCCUGCAGGUUAGCAGCAUAGGCAAACUCUUACUCAUGCUCUUCAUUGAGAUCUUCUACGUCAUCAUCAUGGAGGUGCCAAAGGUCAGCCUGUUCGACAACGUAGACCUCCUGGUCAUGGCCAACGCCGUUGAGUACAUAAAUGGAACAAAUGGAAUGAAUGGAAGCUGUGCGAUGGACUCUAAGGUCCCCCUGAAAAUCAUGACUCCCGUGGUCAUCACAGUCUUUGUCCUGGCUCUGUAUCUACACGCCCAGCAGGUGGAGUCCACUGCCCGACUCGACUUCCUCUGGAAACUACAGGCCACAGAGGAGAAGGAGGAGAUGGAGGAGCUACAGGCCUACAACCGGCGCCUCCUCCACAACAUCCUCCCCAAAGAUGUGGCCGCACACUUCUUGGCGCGUGAGCGUCGGAACGACGAGCUCUACUACCAGUCGUGUGAGUGCGUGGCGGUGAUGUUCGCCUCCAUCUCCAACUUCUCUGAGUUCUACGUGGAGCUGGAGGCCAACAACGAAGGGGUGGAGUGUCUCAGGCUGCUCAACGAGAUCAUCGCCGACUUUGACGAGAUCAUCAGUGAGGACCAGUUCCGCCAGUUAGAGAAGAUAAAGACUAUUGGCAGCACCUAUAUGGCAGCUUCAGGCCUCAACGACUCUACGUACGACAAGGCGGGCCGUUCUCACAUCAGAGCCCUUGCCGACUACGCCAUGAGACUCAUGGACCAGAUGAAGUACAUCAACGAACACUCCUUCAAUAACUUCAAGAUGAAGAUAGGUCUCAACAUGGGCCCAGUGGUGGCUGGGGUGAUUGGGGCCAGGAAACCCCAGUAUGAUAUCUGGGGUAAUACAGUCAAUGUGGCCAGCCGGAUGGACAGUACCGGUGUACCUGACAGGAUCCAGGUGACCUCUGACCUGUACAAUGUGCUGAACUCAUACAACUACACACUGGAGUGUCGAGGCCUGGUCAAGGUGAAGGGUAAAGGAGAGAUGCAAACCUACUUCCUCACGGGAGGACCUCCCAGCAGUUAACGACCAGGGUGUGUCCAAAAUGGCACCCUAACCCUCUAUAAUGCCCUGUUCAGCUACUAUUCUAAAUAGGGCACUAUUAAGGGAACAGGGCACCGUUUCCGAUAUAGCCUCUUCAGGAGCAGGCCCAGUAACAGAUUGACUCUGGCACAGGAGAAGACUAACAGGAGAGGGGGUGGUUGCAGUCAAAGGGGCUUACCCACACUUUGAGUCCUUUAACAAGCAGACAUGUGGACCUGUGGUUGCUUAGGGAACUGGCUAUCCCCUGCCCAUAUCAAUCUUUUUACAUUUAGCACCUCCUACCUGCAGAGAUCAGCCUCUGAUUGGGCCGCCGACCCCAGUCAGCCUCCUCUCGAAUCGAUGGUCAAAACAGAGGGAGGCCCUUAGAGGAUCUGGAUUUGCCGAAGAGACCAAAGACGUCCUGCCAGAUUGCCACAGAGAGAGAGACACAUUGAGACAGCAGCAGUGUCUCAUGGUCUUUCCACCGCCAGACUAAUCUGUAAGACUCUGAGUACCUUGUUCCACUACGUGUUUUCACAAACUUUCUGCUGAAGGAUCCAAGUUGCUCCCCUCAAAACCUGCAUGAAGACACUGAAAACGAUGUAUACAUAUGGAACACACUGUUUUAUGUGUAUAUUUAUAUGUAUAUAUGUGAAGAAGCAUUUUUUCUGUCCAUACAGUCCAUGUACUGUAUGCUGUUUUUGUACACUGUCAGGUGGUACGGACAUGGCAAACCAUGCGUAUACUACAUGUUAACAUAGCCUUCACGAGCCAGCACAGGUACACUAUGAAACUGUACGGGAUUUGCUCAGAGCAGUGUGUUCAUUCCUUUGUAGAGGCUUAAAUGGGCCAUGCUAACCAGGCUGGGUACUUGAACUACCAGAGUGAGACUGCUCUGAAUGUGACUUUACAGAACUCUUCCCCAGUCUAUACACACACACACACACACACACACACACGCAAACCCACACACACACACACACACACACACACACA